AUGAGUCGACCAUCAAGACGACGCCUUCCUGAAAACUACAUGGUUAUUUGGGUUGAUGGAAAUAUGGAUAUGGCCAAUAAAGAUUGCCAAAAUACAAUGGAUCAAUUGCGUGGUGUCGUGAAUCAAGUCAAUCCGUGUACAACAGCUGAAGAAUGUAUUCAACAGCUGAAUGAAAAUCCUGAAGAGAUAUCAUUUGUUAUCUCCUCAGGUGCACUUGGACAACAUAUGGUACCAGACAUUCAUGAUAUGGCAAAAUUAAAUGCCAUAUACAUUUUUUGUCCUAAGAAAGAACGGUAUCAAGAUUGGGCCCAAAAUUGGGCAAAAAUCAAAGGCGUUCACACAUCAAUCAAACAUAUUUGUAAAAAAUUGGCAACAGCUAUUAAACAAUGCAAUCAAGAUCAUAUGUCGGUUGAUCUUAAACUUACGUCAGAUGAUGAUCCACAACUUCGAGAAUUAACUGACUUUAUACGAAAAGAGGUCAGCGGCACCGGAUGGCGUCGAAUGGGUCAAUUGUUACUCAAAAUAGGUCAAUUCGACAAGGCCGAAGAACUAUAUAUGGCACUACUAGAACAGGCAUCGAACGAUAGUGAUAGAGCAUACAUCUAUCACCAGCUUGGAUGGUUGAAAAACGACCAAGGACAAUACGCAAAAGCAGUUGCAUUUUACGAACAAUCUCUGAAAAUCUACCGAAAAACUCUCCCCGAAGAUCAUCCUUCAUUAGCUACUAUGUACAAUAAUGUUGCUCAAGCGUAUAACGACAUGGGCGACUACUUGAAAGCGCUUGAAUUUUACAAAAAAACACUUAAAAUUGAAGAAAAAGCUCUGCCUUCGAAUCAUCCUCAUUUGGCUACUUCGUACAGCAACAUCGGUCAAGUGCAUAACAACAUGGGUGACUACUCGAAAGCACUUGAAUUUUACGAAAAAGAUCUUGAAAUCACAAAAAGAGUUCUGCCUUCGAAUCAUCCCUCAUUGGCUUCUUCGUACAACAACAUCGGUGGAGUGUACAGCGAUAUGGGUGACUACUCAAAAGCACUUGAAUUUUACGAAAAAUAUCUUGAAAUAAGAAAAAAAGCUCUGCCUUCGAAUCAUCCCGAUUUGGCUACUUCCUACGACACAAUCGGUCAAGUGUAUAAUAACAUGGGUGACUACUCGAAAGCACUUGAAUUCUACGAAAAAUCACAUCAAAUCUUGAAAAAAGCUCUGCCUUCGACUCAUCCUCAUUUGGCUGGAAAUCAUUUGAGUUUUGCAGCAUAUUACGAAAAAAUGGGUGAUUACACAACAGCUCUUAAAGCCCUUAAAAAUGCUUAUCAAAUUCAGCGAAAAGCUUUUGAAGAAGGUAAUCGAGCUUUUUCUUUUACGUACAGUAGGUUAGGAAGAGUUUAUCGCAGUAUGAAAGAUUACUCAAAAGCACUUGAGUAUUUUGAAAAGCGGCUCGCAAUAGAUGAAAAAACACUACCUGAGAAUCAUCCAUAUUUUGGUAUAUCAUACAGUAAUAUUGGUGAUGUUCAUCGUUUAAUGGGUGAUUAUGAGAAGGCACUUACAUUUCAUCGAAAAGCAUUAAAUUUUCAAGAAAAUGUUCGAUGUAAUCCUCUCCAAUGUGCAACGACAUAUAUCAAUUUGGGUGAAACUUAUCGUCAAAUGAAAAAUUAUACAAUGGCAUUGACAUAUUAUCAAAAAGGAUUAAAAAUACGGGAACAGAAACUAUCAAAAAGUCAUCCUGAUUUAGCUGUAGCAUAUCACAAUUUGGCGAAAUUAUAUUUAUCUACUCGACAAUAUAAUAUGGCAAUGCAAAAUGUUCAACAAGCCGUAGAAAUCGCUCAAGAAAAAUUACCCUCAAAUCAUCCUCAUGUUUCGGAAUAUAAAGAAACAUUAGAAAAAAUUCGAAAGAAAAUGUAA